AUGGAAAACGCGAAAUAUUACAACAGAUUGGUGGAGUUAAAUUUCCUGGCUGAAAGUAUCUUUUGCCAAAACCGAGAGCUAAUUCUUAUUGACAAUAACUUAAAUGGAGUUCGAACUACCAAAGGAGGGUACAGACGGAAUGAAAUGGAGAAAAAUGUAAGCAAACUUAGUACCUACAACAAUUUGUUCAUAACAUUGAACAAGGGUCAAGUUGGCGAUCACCUGGAAAAUGUUGAGAAAAUCCUUUCUGAAAAACGAGAGAAGGCAAGGGAAAAGAGGAAAUCCCUAAUUAAGGAAUUAGUGAAGUUAAAUCCAAGCGUAACCGAAAUGCCUUUAGAGGAAGCCAAAUUCUUGCUUCGAUAA